AUGUGUAACAUAUUGCUCGUGACUCUGCUGUCAAACAAAGCCAGCUACAUUCCAUUCGUGCCGUCAACGCCGGCCACCUGCUCUCCAUUCGCUCUGUUCCUUUUCUCCCAAUCGGCUUCCAUCAACAUAAUUCCCAAGUUUUGUGACGACUUAUGUGAUCUCAGAGAGAAAUUUCGAAUAGAGAUGUUCAAGCAACGCUAUAUGCUGCGGUUACGAGCAUUGUCCUGGAUCAGUGUGUGCUAUGAUCUGCCCUAUUCGUAUCAUGUCUUAAGAGCAGCGGAAAACUCGUCGAGAAAUGCUACUACCAGAGGGAAAGAGUGA